AUGGUCGUGACCGAACCGGAGUUAAAGCAGGUGUCCGAUGUAACAACUAAGCCAGUGAGUAGUCUGAAUGCGGACGAAGUACCAGCCACAAUCGAAGGCAUAAGAAAAUUGAAUGGAAAGGCACUGGAGAGCACCAACGAAAAUAAUUGUAAGGAGAAGCAGUCAUCCGGUGCCAAGACGCAUAAACAAGACAGUGACAAUAGACCUCUGGGGCUUGAGGAAAGGCAUACUCUUUCCAUUGCCGAGACAAGGAAGCGCAGGGAAAGCGUUUUCUUAGAGGAGCACCUAUUUAUACCGAAGCAGCUGGCACGCAGCAAUUUACGCAGCUCGGUUGUACAUAGCUGCCCUAAGUUGUCGAGCAAUAAGGACGAUCGCAUGCUCAAGUUUUCCGUUGUCACUGGACGUGCGCGAUACGUGGCCAAUCAGUUAAAGAAGAUAGAGAUGACUGCUCUGCAGAGCAGCUUCAAAAAGUCACCAGAUGAGUCAGAGCUGAUCGAUGGCAAUAAAUUUACGAGUUACGAGGAAACAAAGGAAGUUGAAGAUCCCAUGGCCCCGAAGGAGGAGGAAGCCAUACAGUUUCCCGAUAUGAACGUUCCAAAUGAUUCGACGAUUCAUUACGAGGUGAUCUUUGACGCUGAUGACGAUAAUGAAACGAAGGAAGUUGAAGAUUCCAUGGCCACAAAGGAAGAAGACAUGCAAAUGCCCGAAAUGGACCUUGCAAGUGAUUCGAUGAUCCAUUAUGAGGUGAUCUUUGACACUGAUAAUGAUAAUGGAACGAAGGAAGUUGAAGAUCCCAUGGCCACAAAGGAAGAAGACCUACAAAUGCCCGAAGUGAUCCAAUAUGAUGUGAUCUUUGACGCUGAUGAAGAUGAUAAAACAAAGGAAGUUAUAGAUCCCAUGGCCACAAAGGAGGAAGACAUAGAAAUGCCCGCAAUGGAUGCUGCAAAUGAUCCGCUGAUUCAUUAUCCGGUGAUCAUUAAUACGGAUGAUGAUAAUAAUAUUUAUAUAAAGAACAAAUCAGAAGAGAACGAACAAGAAGUAGGCGAAAUACACAACCCACAACCAAUGCAGGAUCAAUGCCACAGCAUCAUUGAGAACUGCUCACAGUUGGUAACCGGGCAGGAGCAGCCAUAUCCCCACUUGCGAUGGCACAAUCCCAACUGUGAACUGCUGGACGAGAAGAUGGGUCUACUGGAGGAUUUUCAGAACACGUCAACAGCGGAGGCAAGUCAAAAUCAAGUGGAAAACAAUGAGCAAGUAAAUACAAGUGAAGAAAGAGUGGAAGCAAAGGAAGAGAGUUUCCAACCAAUUCUGGAAGUACAACAGCAACAGCAGCUUGAGACUGUGCUCACAUCUAACUCCCAGCUUUAUCAAUCCAACCAACAUAUGCAACAUCAAAUGGUUGAGGCUCAAACCGAGCCACAUGCUCUUUGUUAUUCGGUUCCUGUAAGCGUAAGCAGCUCCAUUGCAUCCACAUCCAACGCUUCCUCAGUAGCAGCAGGAGGAAAUUCAAUUCUCUGUCAUCACAAUGUCCUGCCGCCUGUGGAGACAUUCCUGCCAAGCCGCGUCACUCACAAUAAUUCAGUGGAUAACUUCAGGCAGGAGCAUGUGGACGUGGAGCCGCUGCUGCACAGUGCAUUGCAACAGGUUGUCUGUCAGCAGAAUAUACUCGAGACCAUCGGUGAGCUGGAUAAACUGAAGGUCAUGCAGCAGAAGCUCAAGCAGCAGGACGAAGAACAACAGCGCUUCUUCUACACCAAUCUCGAAGCGAUCCACAAGGAGCGGGCGGAAGAUGAUCAUAGGUUUCAGUUGAAAAUGAAGAAAAGCAUAAAGGCAGAGAACUUGCUGAAGGCGGACAAGGUGAAGCAGCAGCGAAAAGUGCGUGCGGAGCAGCAAAAGUUGGAUGUUCAGAUACGUGAGCAACAGCGGCAGUUGUCCUGGAGGCAGCAUCAGCAACAAUUGUUGUUGCAACACCAGCCCUCCCUUUUUCCUUUUUUCGGAUCAAAUACACAAAAAUUGUGCAGCUUUUGGAAGAUGGCAACGCAAGAUGAUGGAAGGUCGGCAACUUCUGGCGUUCUGGGCUUAACCGAUGAGGUUAAGGCAAAUGGCAGAUGCAGUUUUGUGAUAGCCCUGAACAGCGAGGGUCAGCUGGAGAUCAGUCCGAAGGAGGCCGGGAUCAGGGCAGAGCAGGGAGCGGAGCAGCGACAAGAUAGAAUAUGCAGUGGCAUCUGCUCUGUGGAGGACAAAAUCAAAGCGGAAAAGGUGCAGGCUCCAGCAGUCAACAGCCAACGAAUCAGCAUUGCCUUAAUCAAGCACGAUCCAGAUGCAUUUGACUCUCUGCAGGUGGCAUCAGACGUUUCAUGUCAGAGGAAUAGCAGUAUGGGCUUUGUGAAGGUCUUCAAUGGUGAGGAUCUUAGGCGCAAGCCUUCCUUUGUCGUCCUAGAGGAGGCUCUGGUGCGCAAGCGCAUGGAACAAAGCUCUGAAAGUUCAGUCAACAGCGUUCAGCAGGAGACACGGCAGAGCAAGAUGAAGACCCAAACAGAGGAGUCUCCCAAGGAUGUACCACAAAACAGUAGAUCUAGUAACCGAUCACCAAGCCGCUUCAAUCGGAGAAACGCUGGGAUGCAACAAUAUCAGGGAGAUUCAAAGGUAGCCAGCAAGAGCACACUACUGCCCGAGGCCACACGUCCAACUACAGCCACGCAUAGUCAUAAGCCAACGGAGCAGCAGACAAUUCAUAGUAGUACACCAUCACAUGGGACCUUUAGCUUUGUUCCUGCAUCGCCGGCGCAGUCUGUGAAUCCUAUGAUGUAUCCCUGCCAGCAAUUUUUGAACAACAACAUGGCCAUUCCUUAUCUCAAUGGAUGCAACUGUUGCAAUUGUUGUCCUUUCCGUCAAGUUGCGCCCGAUGGUUGUUGCAACUGCAGCAGCUGUUGUGCGUUGAGUUACGCAAGCAAUUGCUGCCCUCUCAGACCGCCAGCAGGAGCAGCAGCCGGAGCAGCAUCAGCAAGUGUGCCGCAAAUGCAGCCUUCUCUGAGCUAUUGUCAGCCUAAUCUUUAUGCAAUGCCAAUGGUUACGCAGCAAAUGUUUACUCCACUUCUGCAAUCAACGAGAGAGCAGCAGCAGCAACAAUAUCCCUUUGGCUGGUAUCCGUAUCCACCGUCUGCACCUUGCCAUAGCAUGCAGCAAUGCUUCUGUCAACCAAUGACCACGAAUAUAAUGGGCUCCAAUUGCUGCCGCAUGAACGCUGCCUACCAUCCAUGCCCACAUUGUGGAUCAUUUGUCAACAGUCCACAGAUGCAGCACAAAACGCAGCACCAAAAUCAGGAAACUCAAAGUGUGCCAUGUGUCAAUCAGCAACAUCAGGAAACUCAAAGCGUGCCAUGUGGCAACCAGCGACAGCGACGCUACCCAAUCAAGCGUGCAAAGGUACCAGAUUCCAGCGAUGCAUCCUCAUCGCCUGUGAAUCGGGAGGAACUGAGAAGAAUGUUUGGUCCAAGCAGCACGCAACAGCAGCCGAGAGCCAAGCAGCAGGUGAAGUCUUCGAGCGCAAAAGAGUCUACAGCUAUACCGGCAAAAGAAACACGUUCAUUGGCUGGCAGAAGCGAAUCCACAUCGAUGGGUGCUGGCAAGCAAACCACUUCCCUGUACAUGGCACGCUUUGGCAGGACUUGUAUGCUGAUGAAACCCUCAUCGACCAGCACAUCGAUGCCACGUCUGCUGACCAGGCGCAUCAGCCGCUACACCUCGGUGAUGGCCUGGCCAACAAAUCACAAAUUAGAGCACAAUUAACACAAAAAACUGCCCAUGCGAUAGCACCAUAUAAACAUUCAAU